AAACGAAUUAUCUGGAAGAUGUUGGAAGAUUAGCGAAAUUGGUUUGAGUUUAGAAUUUCAUGAAAGGGCGAGAAUCGUCUUCCCACCUGUAUAAAUUAAACAAGCGUGCUCCUUCACGUUGAUCGAGAUACAGAAAAUGUCUUUGAUUCCAAGCUUCUUUGGAGACAAUGGCCGCCGGAGCAACGUCUUCGAUCCGUUUUCGUUGGAUAUUUGGGAUCCAUUUCAGGGCUUUCCGUUCUCCACCGCCGGAGAAACAACCGCGGUGGCCAACGCCCGGAUCGACUGGAAAGAGACGCCGGAGGCACACUUGUUUAAAGUGGAUGUUCCCGGGUUGAAGAAGGAAGAAGUGAAGGUUGAGGUUGAAGAUGGGAAUAUUCUUCAGAUAAGCGGAGAGAGAAGCAAAGAGAAAGAGGAGAAGAACGACAAGUGGCACCGUGUCGAGAGGAGCUCCGGAAAGUUCAUCCGGCGAUUCAGGCUGCCGGAGAAUGCUAAAUUGGAGGAGGUGAAGGCGGCGAUGGAGAAUGGGGUGCUGACUGUCACCGUGCCCAAGGAGGAGGUGAAGAAACCUGAGGUCAAGGCGAUUGACAUCUCUGGUUAAAUAAUUAUCGUUUAUUCCAAAGUUUCAAAUAUGUUUGUCUUCAAUAAUUGAUGUUGCUGUGUGAUGUAAUUCGAGGGAAGAGUGCUACUUGUGUAUCCCAACUUUGAAGUGUCGUUUGUUUUUCUACUUUACUAGUUAUUGUAAAAUUGCCGAGCCA